UGGAUUUUCUUUCUUGUGUCUCAGAUUUUGAUGGGAUACCCAUCUAUUUUUCGUCGGUCGAGUUCGCCUUGUGAAGCUUGUGUGGAUGGUUCUUCGUCCUUGGCCUCGUUGCAAAGCGACGCCGCCUGUCUGACUAUGAUCUACGAUUGCAGAAGACGAGUAAGAUAUAGCCUCUAGUUGCUGUUUACUCCUCUAGUAUUUCCCGGUUACUCGCAACUGCUGCGUCACACUUUUGCCAAACACACUCUUGUAUUCAUGGUCGUGCUGUGCAGACUCUCUUUGACACCAGCAGGGCGUCCUACCCUGCUCUAGUCAAGGUCUCUUUCCAGUCGACUUGCUGAGCGACUCGUUGUGUUCCCUUUUGAAGCCAGCCUUGCUUGUCAGAGCUGUAGUCUUCUUCCUCCCGAAGGAAGUUGGUAUCUUUUAGAGCACGACCGCUAAGACCUUUUUGUCUGGGAUGGAUGGUACUUCAAGCCGUGCAGCGUUUGACCAUCGCCACUCCUCAUCGCAUCUUCGCAAAUCUACUUCCUUCUUCGCAUCUCUCAGCUCCGACCGGCUGUCGCCCAACUUGGACGUCCGAGACCGACAGGCCCAAGGCCCCAUCGACGUGUAGACCCAGAAAAGAUGAGUCUCGGGAACUCGAAUCCUUCAAUUUAAAUCUCAACCCUCUCGAUAUCACGACUCACAAAGGUACUAUUGUCAAGAUUUCGGCUGUUGCCAGGUACGGACGAAAUGGUCGAUGUGUUCCAGUUCAUCUUCUAGGCUUUUCAGGAACUCGCUAGAACUCGACCACGAAUAAACUGAAUCCCUACUACGGCUUUUCAGUGCAGAUAUGUAGGACGUUCUAUUUGGCUACAAUCAAAUCUAGUUGAAUAAUAAAUGGUAAAUUAUGACAUAGUUACCAGUAUUGAUACAUGCUGUGUAAGUGUUCACCUUGUGUACACUCCUGUCUCUUCUACGAGGUUAGUGUUUUUCCACCUUGUAGCGCAGAUUACUCAUCUAUGUCGUUGUAGGUUUCCAAUUCCAUCUGUAGGUAUAAAAAUCCAGGCAUAUGCAUGCACAUUAGUUGUUGACCUUACUCGACGGCCGUUUUCCAUCUUGGAAGAUAGAGCAAGAGUAGGUAGCUCCCACUGUCUCCAGUCCAAAUGUACCACUCCUGUGUCAUCAACUUAUCACAUAUCAAUAGACUAUUUUUGCAACCAUUUGGAUUAGUGGUAUACAAUUCAGGAAUAGUCUGAAGUAAUUCAUGCUCCAAAUGGCCUUGCCAGGAUGAGGUAUGCAGAGCAGAAUAUCUUUAUUCGAGAUACUAAAGGACAUAUCAAUGAUCGUGUUGAGUGGUCAUAGUCGCAUUUAGCAAGUUUCAUGGAAAGUAUCGUUACAAGUAAUAACUUGAUAAGCUUUUAUAUCA